AUGGAAGGCGACUGGAAUGAAGCCGCUCGGCUGACGCUUUCGCCGACGCCCAACCAACCCAACCAAGGGCCUGCUCUGACCACAUUUGCUUUCGAUCCCUCCCACGAGCUGCUCUGGACGGGUACCGAGCAUGUAAGUAGUUGAAGACAUUCGAUUGUUCGCCGUCUCAAUCUCGUCCCGUCUCCAUUCGAUGCCCUUCGUGCCUUGUCUGAUGACCUGCAGGGAAGAAUCACUUCCUACUACGGGCCUGAACUCCAGAAGUACACGUCCUACCGCGGCCACGUGAGUGUAGCUCCACGAACUGCGCCGAGUAGUGCUGCCGUCAAACAACUACUCUUCUGCGACCGAGGCGUCAUCUCUGUGUCCGCGACAAGCGUGCAUCUGUCCUCCCGGCGUGGCUUAACACAAUGGCACACUGGCCACCACGGUAUGCGCGAUUUGCGUUGCAUGAGCUUCACCGGCCGCGACUCCAAGGAACUAGUAGUCGCCGGCUGUCAGACUCUCAUGUAUCGCAUUGAUGUGGAGAGGGGAGACGUUUCCGAGGCAAUUACGUCCCAGAGCCCAGUUCCAUACACCAUGAUGCGGCUUGCCGGCCAGCAUAUAUGCGCUGCUGCCCAUGAUGGCUCCAUCCAUCUACUCGACUCAAAAACACUUUCCAUUACGCACAGCUGGACACCGUACGCGGGCAACGUCAACGACAUGGACGCGAGAGGCGACUAUCUCCUCACGUGCGGCUGGUCACAAACCCAGUAUCACGGUCUCACUCUGGAAAGAAUGGUUCGAGUAUUCGAUCUAAAGACCGGCAAACCUGCACCGCCGAUUCCCUUCCACCAAGGUGCUGCUUUUGUGCGCAUGCAUCCAAAGCUCUCAUCUACAUGUAUCAUUCUUGCACAAAGCGGAUUGCUCCAUUCGAUUGACAUCCAGAACCCUGACGUUCCGAGUAUAAAAUACAUCAAUGCAUGGCCCGAUUCACAGUUCAGCGGUCUAGAGAUGAUGCCUUCGGGUAAGGGCUUCGGAUUGUCUGAUACCACAUCCAUUACACUCUAUGGUUCCGCCUCGAAGCUGCAAUUCACCGAGAACUCCAAACCAAGCCCAUUUGCCGAUCCAGCCAGUCCCGCGAAGCAGCUGGAUUGGUCGAAGAAGACACCACUGAACCAGAUUGGAAUGCCAUAUUACCGGGAACCGCUGUUUUCUGGGUGGCCGAACAGGCUCCUCCAUCAAGUCGGUCUACCGCCUGCUCCACCUGGAAACGUGGUGCAUGACGAGAAUUUUCGGCGAUUUGAGUACGGUAGAGUCGGCCCAAAUUCACGGAAAGGUAAACGCAACGAGGCAGCAGACAUCAAGUCUCAGCAAAACUCAGCAGACUCUCUCAAGGUAAACGACGAAAAUGCAUUGAAUCCGAGGCAAGAUUCUGAUCUAUCGACAGACGCCCAAAUUCUUGAGCGAAAAACUCCGGGAAGAGAACUCGAAAAAUGAACAGCGACGUAUGAGCGAGGAUCUCAUCAAGGCUCUGGAUACAGCCAGGCUAGAUGGAGGCUCGACUGCUGAUGCAAAAUUUCUCUACCGAGUAGUAGAGAUCAAGUAUAGUCGGUUCGGCGUGGAAGAUUUCGACUUCCGAUACUACAACAAGACCAAAUACGCUGGCUUGGAGACGCACAUCGUCAACUCAUACGCCAACUCGCUGUUGCAAUUACUACGCUUCACCCCAACCGUGCGAAAUCUAGCCCUGCAUCAUACAGCGCGCGACUGUCUGCUGGAUAGUUGCUUGCUCUGCGAGCUGGGUUUCCUGGUUGACAUGCUUGAGAAAGCGAGGACACCGAAUUGCCAGGCCACGAACUUUUUGAAGGUCUGCAAAGCUCAAAUCUAUCAGGACGCUUUACAAAUCGUCGGGAAGGUGCCUGCAAAGGAGACUUAAUUGCUGACUCUCACGCUAGACACUCAGCCGACAACCCGAUGCCGCCGGUCAAAAUGUGUUAGAAGAGCAUGCUGCCGGCACUACUCUGAGCGGCAUGCUACAGAAUCUCAGUAGAUUCUUGUUUCAAAAGUUCGAGGUGCGUUGGACUUUGAAAUUACAUGAAGUGUCUUGCAUGCUCACGCCAAGCACAAAAUGUCCAAGAAGCCACUCGGAUGUUGAUUGCUGACCCAUUGAAAAGCACAAUUAUAGGUGGGUCUUCCCAGCGCUCGACUCCUUCCACAAUGAGUUUGGCACGAUGGGUUUGGAAAAGACUCAGUGUGCGCAUUGUCAAUACCAAAGCAGAAGCGAAAAGGUUUGGUAUACCCACGACCUCUGGUACCCUCCCAGGCCGAAUAAGGUUCGGCAUGGUUUUCGACAGACGUUCUCGCAGCUCCUCAAGACAUCAGUGGAGCGAGCGAGUACGCAUCGAGGGUGGUGCCUGAGAUGCAAUGGGUACAAGCCCAUGGCGUCGAAUCGAGAGAUCCACUUUCUGCCUUCGACGCUCGUCCUGAAUGCAGCUGUCACCAUGCUUUCGCACUCGAGGGAUGUUUGGGCUCAGCGCGACUUUUUACCAAAGGAGAUUGGCAUCAUUGUUAACAACGGUCGGUUUUUCUGCUAUGAAGGGCAAGAUUUGCAGCUUCACAUCCAGCGAGGCCAGUUCAACAUCAUUGUCUACGAGCUUGUUGGAGUCGUCUCGGACGUGAAGACGGGCGAGAACGAGAAGUCACAUCUCGUCGCGUCCAUCGACGUUGGAAUUGCCGAUCGAGAUCCGUCCCAAACAGGCAAUUGGCAUCUCUUCAACGACUUUCUUGUACACAAUAUCUCGACCGAGGACGCUUUGUACUUCAAUCCGUCCUGGAAGAUGCCCUCUAUCAUCACUUAUCAGGCAAAGGGAAUGUGCCACCGGGUUGACCACAGUUGGAAGAACGCAAUCGAUACCAGCGUUUUGUACCGCAGUCCAAUGCAGCCCGCCCUGUCACCCUCCUACCAAUUCCGGCCUCUCUCGCAAGAAGAGCCACUCCCUGGUGUCAGCUCUCAUGUCGGAAUUGACGCCGAAUUUGUACGACUUCUGCGCGAAGAAAUCGAUGUCCACGCGGAUGGAUCGCGAACCAUGACACGACCGGCCCGAUCUGGGUUGGCAAGAGUAUCAGUGCUCAGAGGCGAUGGCCAUGACCAGGAACUGCCUUUCAUUGACGACUAUAUUGCGACUGAUGAGCCCAUCGAUGACUACCUGACGCAAUAUUCCGGCCUCCAAGAAGGCGACCUCUCACCGGAAACAAGCGGCUUUAAACUCGUCGGCCUGAAAGAAGUCUACAAGAAACUCUGGGUUCUGCUAAAUCUAGGUUGUUCUUUCAUUGGACAUGGCCUGUCGAGCGAUUUUCGGAUCAUCAACAUUCAUGUUCCCGAAUCACAAGUCAUUGACACACAGGAGCUCUUUUCCCUUGGAUCUCGCGGACGACGGAAGCUAUCCCUGCGUUUCUUGGCUUGGGUGGUCUUGAAAGAAGAAGUGCAGAAGAACGCGGACAUGGGACAUGACAGUAUCGAAGACGCGAGAACCGCACUCAAACUGUGGAGGAAGUAUCUCGAAUUCCAGAAUGCAGGAGUCCUGGAGACGAUUAUGGAUGAGGUGUGGCACAAGGUAUGUUUUGCCGUUCUCGGCACCCAAAAGACCGUGAAAGAUGUCGCUAACAAGUUUUUCUUUUCUUCCUGCUCUAUAGGGACGAUCAACGGAUUUCAAAGUCCCCAUGGACCACCACCACCACAAGGAUCGACGUCUGCCGGAGACUCCCAAUGCCAGUGCGCCGGGGACGCCUCGUCCGGCCGCGCGGUUAUCGACCCCGGCACGCUCGGAUCUGGGGAGUCCUUCGAAGCAUUAG